AUGGUGGAUACUCCAAGAAGCAAAGAGGCCCUCACGAAGCUCUGCAGCUUCCUCACCAGUGAUCCUGCUCCUACAAGGGAAAAGGAUGUGCUAGGCAACCUCUUCUCGGCGUCGCCUGAAACGGAGUUCCAAAGCGUGGAGCUGGAAGUGGCCUUUCUUCUGUCCCCUGCAGCUCAUCGCGUUCCACUUUACUUCACGCUUCCGCAUGAGGUGCUGCCAGGGACAAUAUGCCUAGUCACCCCUCCACCGCAGCGCAAGUACAAGGACGAGAUUUUGCGCCUGAGUGAGGACGGCAGCGCUGUGGCGCAGCGCGUGAAGAAAGUCAUUGACACAGAAAAACUCGGCACGAAGUUCGUUGACCCCGUUACCGUGAGAGCCCUUGCCAACAGCUUCGACCACUUCGUCCUGAUUGGUGUCAAGAAGUACCCCAUCCAGCUCACGGGAGAGUUUCUCGGUCAUCAAAAACCACCGGUUUGGGUGCCGCGUCGCGGGGGGCUAAGGCGCAAACUACUCAAUGCAGUGAGAACGGUGGUGUUUCAGCGACGCGGGGGCAGCGGCGUAACGUGCCGUUUUGGUCACACGGGUCUUUCGCUGGAGCAACUCCAGGAUAACCUCCAGUCGCUUCUUGCGCAAAUGACUAGCCAUUCUCAGGCAAUAACUCCGCAGGAUAUACUGCAUAUUCGCGUCGCUGGAACAAACGCUGAAGGCCGGCGCGCAGGACUUCCCAUCUUUGUCCACUCGUUCCAGAUUCCACGCAAACUGCCACGGACUCAAAGUGAGGAGCCAAAGGCAAAGAAACCGAAGAAAUGA